AAAAAAAAAGAGUUACAAACGCUCUCAAAUCUCAAGAAGCAAUAGAGUUGGGUUACAGCUUAGAGAGAAGAAGGAAGGAAGAAGCAGAGAAAAUAAAAUGGAUCCUCUAAUUUGGCACAAAGUCGCUGCAAUUUCAGGUGUAGCAGCACUUGGAUUAGGUACUUAUGGCGCACACGUCUUCAAACCCCAAAACCCUUCUUACAAAGAUGUUUGGCAUACAGCAUCUCUUUACCAUUUGGUUCACACUGCUGCGUUAGUUUCAGCUCCAAUUACUAAAUAUCCUAAUGUUUUUGGAGGGCUUCUAACUACUGGGAUCUUGGCUUUCUCUGGGUCGUGUUAUACGGUUGCAUUUCUUGAAGACAGAAAAUAUUCAACAUUGGCUCCAUUUGGCGGCUUUGCAUUUAUAGCAGCUUGGGGUAGCUUGUUUUUCUGACGACUUCACUGUUUUGGUUUGUGAUGCUACAAUAUCUAUAGAAUGUUUGUUAAUAAGCAGUUAGACUAUCAUCAUCAGAUUUUACAAUUGCUUAGAGCCUGCAUACCUCAUAUUUGUAAAUAUUUUUCUAUUUAUCUUGCCAAUGGUUUAUGCUCUUGAAAUCAAUGCAUUUACCUAUAUAUUUCACACUUGGUUACAAAACUUGUAUGCAUUUGUUUCAUUGGAUGAUGUUCCAAAAAGAUUGAAGUUUUCUGUUAAAGCGAACGCAUGCAUGUGUAUUA